UCUCCCGCAGCUCCUCCCGCUCUCCCCCCGCGCUCCCGCAGCUCCGCAGUCCGGCGCAGCCCCGGCCGGAGAAAAUGGCGGAUCGCGCCGAGAUGUUCUCGCUCUCCACCUUCCACUCGCUCUCCCCGCCCGGCUGCCGGCCCCCCCAGGACAUCAGCCUGGAGGAGUUCGAUGACGAGGACCUGUCGGAGAUCACGGACGAUUGCGGCAUCGGCCUCAACUACGACUCGGACCACUACGAGAAGGACUGCCUGGUGCUGGAGCGCGGGGAGCAGCCGCACCCCGUCUGCACCUUCCAGGACGACUUCCAGGAGUUCGAGAUGAUCGACGACAACGACGACGACGAGGAAGAGGAGGAGGAGGAGGAGGAGGAGGAGGAAGGCAACGAGCUGGAGGCGCCGCCGUCCCCUUCGGCCUCGCCCAUCCCCUCGCCAGCCCUGGAGGACACGCAGAAGCUCCGGCCCACGACCCUGGACCUGACGGCGCCGGGCACGCAGGAUUCCCUCAACAACAACGGCGGCUUCGCUCCGGCCGCGCCCCGGCCCAGCUGGCAGGACGCGCUCCUGCACUCCUCCUCCUCCUCCUCCUCCUCACACACCGGACACUCGUCCCCCCACGCCUGCAUCCUGGACGGACCCUGCCUGGAGAGCCCGCCGGGCCCCGGGGGGGCCCCCCCCUCGCUGCCGCCCUCCCCCCUGGACUCGCAAGGCAACAGCCCCGAGUCCCUGGCACAUGGUAACCCAUCGCCCCCGAGAGCCGCGCCCGAUUUUAACAUGAACCUCAUCUCCGCUGCGCUCCGAGCUCCGCUCUCCCCGCCGCGCCCCCGCCAGCCGCCCCCGCCUCACCCCUGUCUCUCUCCAACAGGGCCCGCCGCUCCCCACGGCGCCCCCGACGCUGCCCCCCCGCCCCAGGCCGCCCCCCAGGCCCCCACGCAGCCCCGGGGCGGCGACAGCCCGGGGUCCCCCCGCCCGCAGCCGCCGCCGCCGCCGCCGCGGCCGCAGCCCCGGCCGGAGCGGGACGGGGCUCCCGCGGAGCCGCUCAGCUCCGACGGGGAGGGUGCCCGGUCCGGCCGGGCCGCCAGCGUGCGCGGCCACCCCUCGGGCUCCUCGGAGACCACCUCGCCCUCCUCGGACCCGGGCAUCGAGGCCGACCUCACCAGCCGCACGGCCAAGCCCUUCCUGCCCGGCGGGCGGCGAGGGGACGAGCUGAGCUCGCCCGGCUCCGACUCGGACGUGGACGGGGAGCUCGAGGCGGCUUUCGCCGGCGGGCGCCUGGUCAGCAACAUGAUCUCGUCCAUCUCGGAGACCGAGCUGGACCUGAGCAGCGACAGCAGCAGCGGCCGCUCGUCGCACCUGACCAACUCCAUCGAGGAGGCGAGCUCGCCCGGCUCCGAGGGCGAGCUGGAGCCCGAGCUGGAGGCGCCCGGCCUGCUGGGCAUCAAGGACUCGCUGCUGCUGGACAAGGGCAAGGAGGACGAGGAGGAGCCGGCCGAGAGGGGCCCGCCGGAGCGCGGCGUGGUCAGGAGGGAGAGCCUGGCCGAGCUGAAGAUGGACGCCUACUACGACAGCCUGGACCCGGCCGACGGCCCCGCGCCCGAGGGCCAGACCGACGUGUCCAGCGCCAGCCCCCUGGACCUGAAGAUCGACCCCGACCACAGCCUGGAAAGCAUCCGCCGCUCCUUCUACCUGCCCGUGGGGCCCAAGCUGAUGCCCGAGGCGGACGAGGAGGACAACAGCGAGUACGACUCGGACUCGGAGUCGGAGCCCGACCUGAGCGAGGACUCGGACUCGCCGUGGCUGCUCAGCAACCUGGUGAACAAGAUGAUCUCGGAGGGCUCGUACCCCAUCAAGUGCCCGGACGAGUGCUUCCAGAACAGCCACUCGCUGUGCGACACCAUCUCGCCCGCCUCCGACCUGGAGCCCGAGAUCCUGAGCGAGGCUUUGGACGAGGAGCCGCGCCCGCGGGACUCGCCGGUGGCGCUGGGGGACGCGGCGGCGGCGGCGGCGGUGCCGGCGCGGUGCCAGCGCGGCGCCAUCGAGCUGGUGGACAUGGAGACGCUGCGCAGCUCCCUGGCCGAGGCCGAGCACGCGGCCGCCGAGCCGCCGCCGGAGCCGCCGGCCGAGGAGCCGGGGCCGUUCCUGCUCCUCAGCAACCCCACCAACGACACCAUCGCGCCCGUCUGCCCCGCCGCCCUCGGCCGCCUGGACGCCUCCGAGGUCCUGGCCACCUUGGGCUGCCGCCCGGCCGCCCCGCCGCGAGUGUCCCCCGGCACCGAGCCCGCUGCCACCGUCCCCGCCGGCCCCCGGCGCUGGGCCCUCGGCGGGGAGCCGGACUCGGGCGUGCUGGAGGCCGACUCCAUGAUCGACGACGUCCGGUUAGCGCCCGACGGCGACCCCGCCGCGCUGGACGCGUCCACGGCCAAGACCAACCGCGGCUUCGCCAUGGCCCUGCAGGAGGAGCCCGAGCCGCCCUCGGGGCCGCCGGAGCCGCUGGACGAGUCGCUGGCCUACGACUCGGUCAAGUACACGCUGGUGGUGGACGAGCACACGCAGCUGGAGCUGGUCAGCCUGCGGCGCUGCACGUCCGUGCUCAGCGACGACAGCGACAUCCUGCGCGCCUGCGACGACGAGGCGGCGUUCGGCGACGGGCUGGCGGCGCCCGGCGCCCGCAGCUCCUCCGAGGACUCGUCCCCCGAGGCCGACCUGCACUUCUCCAAGAAGUUCCUCAACGUCUUCGUCAACAGCACCUCGCGCUCCUCCAGCACAGAGUCCUUCGGGCUCUUCUCCUGCAUGGUGAACGGUGAGGAGCGGGAGCAGACCCACCGCGCCGUCUUCAGGUUCAUCCCGCGCCACGAGGACGAGCUGGAGCUGGACGUGGACGACCCCAUCCUGGUGGAGCUGGAGGAGGACGAUUACUGGUACCGGGGUUACAACAUGCGGACGGGCGAGCGCGGCAUCUUCCCCGCCUUCUACGCGCACGAGGUGGUGGGGCAGGCCCGCGACGCCAUCGGCCUGAAGCGGAACCCGUGCUGGGUGGAGCGGUUCAACGUGCAGUUCCUGGGCUCCGUGGAGGUCCCGUACCACCAGGGCAACGGGAUCCUGUGCGCGGCCAUGCAGAAGAUCGCCACCACCAGGAAGCUGACGGUGCACCUGCGGCCCCCGGCCAGCUGUGACCUGGAGGUGACACUGCAGGGCAUCAAACUCAUCCUGACCGUCACCGAGUACAGCCCCGAGCACGAGUUCGAGCGCUGCAGCCACUUCUUCCAGAUGAAGAACAUCUCCUUCUGUGGGUGCCACCCCCGGAACAGCUGCUAUUUCGGGUUCAUCACCAAGCACCCGGUGCUGAGCCGCUUCGCCUGCCACGUGUUCGUGUCCCAGGAGUCCAUGAGACACGUGGCCGAGUGUGUCGGCCGAGCGUUUCAGGAAUAUUACCAGGAGCACCUGGAGUACGCCUGCCCCACAGAGGACAUCUACCUGGAGUAGGGGUCCUGUGCCACCCCAGGGACCUGUGUCACCCCAGGGACCUGUGUCACCCCAGGGACC